AGGAAACAACUGCACUCCUGAAGAAAGAGGAAAAGUCUUUCCAAAUACUACUCUGUGCUUCACAAUGGGAGACCAAUUGCAUUUUCCAGCAGCCAGAAGCUUGCUCCCAGUGGCACUCUGCAUUUUGACCCUUCUGCCUCACAGCCUUCUGAGUGAGCUGGCGGAGGAGGACAACACAGGACGCUCAGCAGUACUCCAGAGGGUGAAACGAGGCUGGGUGUGGAACCAGUUCUUUGUCCUGGAGGAGUACACCGGACUGGAACCACUUUAUAUAGGAAAGCUUCACUCAGACAUGGAUAAGGGCGACGGCUCCAUUAAGUAUAUUCUGACCGGCGAGGGCGCGGGCACCACUUUCACCAUCGAUGACAGCACAGGGGACAUCCACGCCAUACAGAGGCUGGACCGGGAAGUGAAGGCCCAGUAUGUCCUCCGCGCCCAGGCCCGCAAUCGCCUGACGGACAGGCCUCUGGAGCCUGAGUCUGAGUUCAUCGUCAAGAUCCAGGAUAUCAACGACAACGAGCCGAGGUUCCUCGACGGACCCUACCAGGCCACUGUACCCGAGAUGUCCAAAAUAGGAACAUCUGUGAUCCAGCUGACCGCCACAGACGCAGACGACCCCACAUAUGGCAACAGUGCCCGUGUGGUCUACAGCAUCCUGGAGGGCCAGCCUUACUUUUCAGUGGACGCCAAGUCUGGCGUGGUCCGUGUGUCCCUGGCAGACAUGGACCGGGAGACCAGAGAAAACUACACCGUGGUCAUCCAGGCUAAGGACAUGGGUGGCCAGCUGGGGGGGCUCGCCGGCACCACCACCGUCAACAUCACGCUCAGCGACGUCAACGACAACCCGCCCAUGUUUGACCAGAGGUUGUACCAGAUGAGUGUCCCAGAGUCAGCUCCGGUGGGUUCAGUGGUGGGUCGGAUCUGGGCGAAGGACAGGGACAUCGGGGUCAACGCUGAGAUGAAGUACAGCAUCAUUGAUGGGGACGGUAGAGACACAUUUGACAUCAGCACCGACCCCACCAACCUGUUUGGCAUCAUCACAGUGAAAAAGCCACUUAACUUUGAGAACAAGCCCAGUUACACCCUGAAGGUGGAGGGUGCCAACACCCACCUGGACCCGGCCUUUCGCCACCGCGGGCCCUUCAAAGAUGUCACCAUCGUGCACGUGAGCGUGGAGGACGUGGACGAGCCUCCACUGUUCGGCUUGCCAGCGUACUACAUUGAGCUUUCAGAGGACACCGAGAUCGGGACAUUGGUGAAGACGGUGUCGGCCAGGGAUCCUGAUGCUGCCAACAACACUGUAAGGUAUUCCAUCGAGAGGUCCAGCGACCCCGACAAGUUCUUCUACAUUGAUAUCACUUCCGGGUCGCUGAUGACGGCACGUUCGCUGGACCGAGAGGAGAUUGGCUGGCACAACAUCACGGUCCUCGCAAUGGAGAUGAAUAACCCAACACAGAUCGCAAGUGUGUCUGUGGCUGUAAAGGUCAUGGAUGUGAAUGAUAAUCCUCCUUUGCUGACGCACUACUUGGAGGCUUAUGUGUGUGAAAACGCCAAAGCCGGGCAGCUGAUCCAGACAGUGACAGCCGUGGAUCCAGAUGAGCCGCUGGGUGGACAACACUUCUACUACAGCCUGGCUCCAGAGGCCGCAAACAACCCCAACUUCACCCUGAGGGACAACCAAGACAACACAGCGUGGAUCCUGACUCGGCGCGGAGGCUGGUCACAGCAGGACCAGACAGUUUUCUACUUGCCCAUCUUCAUCUCUGACGGCGAGCAGCCGGUCCAGACCAGCACCAGCACACUGACCAUCCGAGUGUGCAGCUGUGACCAGGAGGGCAACGUCAUGUCAUGCAAUGCCGAGGCCUACAGUCUGCCUGCCAGCCUCAGCAGAGGAGCCCUCAUCGCCAUCCUGGCCUGCAUCUUUGUCCUGCUGGUGAUGAUUCUGCUCAUGCUCUCCCUGCGGACUCACCGUAAGAAGCCCUACCUGUGCGAUGAGGAGGAGAACGUCCACGAGAACAUUGUGCGCUACGACGACGAAGGAGGUGGCGAGGAGGACACCGAGGCCUUCGACAUCGCUGCCAUGUGGAAUCCACGUGAGGCGCACCACCACCUGGGCAAGAUGAGACAGGACAUGCUGCCGGAGAUUGAAAGCUUGUCACGAUACGUCCCUCAAGCCUGCGUGAUGGGUGGCGGCGGGGACAGUAACGUUCACGGAUAUGUGCUGGCGAAGCUCCUGGAGGCUGACAUGGACCCGUGUGCCCCACCUUAUGACUCCCUGCAGACCUACGCCUACGAGGGGGAAGGUUCGGUCGCCGAGUCGCUCAGUUCGCUCCAAUCAGGAACCUCGAACACCGACCACGAGUACGACUAUCUCAACGACUGGGGGCCUCGUUUUAAAAAACUCGCAGAGAUGUACGGCGUGCUUGAGACAAACAGUCCUCCACUGUGGUAGAACUCCUGACCCUAUGCCUUGUCAAUCUUAGACAAAGUACACCAAGAAAAGGAUAAAAAGAGAGACGAAAAACACAUCAGAGAAAUGACAAAACAAAAAAAGUGUGCGAGGAAGAAACAAUAAAGCCAGGAUGUGCUUACGUCCACAUCCAUGACUGUUAGCACUUGAAUUCCUGCCGAAGCCUCGAUUCUCCACAGCUUUGGAGGCCUGAGAUGCCUGCAGCAGCAGCAGCAGCAGCAGUGUGAGCUGGUUUUAAAUCUCCCCCAGAGAUGGGGGCUUCAGAGACAGCCUGGAUUGGCAGCCUCACGGGGCCCAGCAAAGAAACAGCUUCAAAGCACAUGUUAACUCCCCCGCCUGACCCAGCCACAGGCAGAGCCCCUUUGGUUCAAAGUGUUCAGCAAUUUAUGCCAGAGAUGAAAACGAGAGCAGGACUACCUUACUCACAGCACGGGAGACAAACUCUGAAAUGCUGAUCCACUGUUCGGAGUUUGUGCUUUUAUACGACUCCAGCUACAACACUGGCGGACAAAGGACGCAGUGAGGAGUCACUGCUCCAGUGUGAGGCGUGUUCUUUUUGUUUCAUCUGUGGCAGGUCUUAAUUUAUCUCUUUGUUUCACGUGCUGUAUUUAUAUUUUUUGCUAACUUAUUUGAGUACUUUAAACCGACACUGUACUUAAACUGCCGCUGUGUGAGGAAAUCUUUAAAAGAUCACAUACUUGUUGUAACAUACAUGAUGUAACUGCCUUUGUUUUCAGUCUGUGUGAGUAAAACGUUUUCCAUACAUCUCCAAAUGUUACCUGACAUGCACAGGAGGUGGCGAUGCUGUAAUCCCAUGUGGGUUUUCCAGGCUGAGAUGUUUGUUGUGUUAUUGUUUUUGUACCAUUUUUGAGCUCUUUGUAUUGUAACUCUUUUUUUUUUUGUCCCAAAAACACGAAGCAGUUAUGCGUUCACGAGGAGAAGAGGGAAGCCAUUUUUUUUGGAAAAUCCUUUGAUGGAACCGGGUAUGUCCCAGCAGACGAUCACAUUUUACUCAAGAUGCAUCCCCCGUAACCUGGAUGAGCACAUGACCGAGUCGCCUUUCAUUUCGGAUCCACCGACGUGCCAACAACAGUCCGAUGGCAACGAGGCUUGAUCUGUCCUGUUAGAGAUACUGUGCUGUUUCUGUGCCACCACACAGAUGUGGCUUAAUCCUCCAAUCCUGUGGACUACAGAGACAUUGAUAAUCUGCAUUAAGUGCCAAAUGUAAAAAGGACAAAAAGAAAGACAUUUUGGGGGGGGUGUGCAAAAUACAAACACCAAAAGACAAAAAAGGAUUUUACAAACUGGGAGGCCAUUGAAGGAGCAUUUUGAUAAUUUGAUUGGGUGGAGUUUACUUGAAAUCUAUGUGGUAAGUCAUGCUACAGUAAGUGGUAUGUGAAUGUAGAUUUUUUUUUGUAUUCUUGGUAAUAAAAAGUUA